UACAUAUUUCUACUAGGUUCAAGAUUUAGACCAUAUUUGGUUUCGCUCAGUAGAUGGCAGUGAAGAGCUACGUUGUCUUCAUAAUCAAAUAUCAAGAAACACCGAUCUUUUAUUCUCAAAAAUCAAAAGCCUUGCAAACCCAAAUGAAAGAAGAAAUGGUACAAAACUCUUUAAUCAUCUCAUUCAAAAGAGCUACCAAUCGCAAGCGCAAAACCAGAUCAGGGCUGUGGCAGCUACAAUACUCAAAGAGCUGAACAAGCUUUAUUCAAUGAUUGACAGUCGAUCUGCAAGAUUACAAACAAUAGUUCAAGGCGAAUGUGUUAAAGAGGUUGUGGAAAUAUGGAGUCAAUAUUUCUUUUCCUGCUCAGAAGUGAAACAACUGGGCACUGGUUAUGUUCAUAACAAAAUCGCAGGAUUUUAUAGAAAAGCGACUCGGGGUGCAAGGGAAAGUGAAAAGAAAUUACGUCAAGUGCAAAGAAGAUUGUACGCAGAAAUAAUCACGUGCAGAAAAAAAUCUGCUAGAGAAUAUGCUCAAAGUCUCAUGGCAAAUCGAUAUCUUUUUGAACUUGAGCCUGGUAAAUUCGAACAAGCCAAACUUGUCAAUGAAAAGAGAAAAAUCCCUGCCAAGGAGCAAGAUGAUCAAAAUGCAAACAUCAGUCUAAAAGGAAAAGUUGGCAAGCCUUCUUCAGAAGUGCUUAAAAAACCUGCUUUUCAGACACCAGCUUCUGAAAGCCAAGAGCUAAAAUUUCAGAGAGGAGACCUUCCCGAAACAGAGAGUCAUUCUAAAACGGAAAAUCCCGUCAAACUGACUGAGGCGAAAGCUAGGGAAUCAAGUAUACAUGGGUCAUUGGAUAAUGGCAUAUCGUACAAAAUACUUGAAAAAGAUGAUACUCGAAAAAGAAUAUAUCACAAGAACAGAAAAUCCUUCGCUUUUACAUGGCCUACAAAAUCUUACCCAAACAAAGUUUAUGGAAAGUAUGGGCACAGGAAAGAUUAUCAUCUAAAGAAUGAUGGGAAGGUAAAACACCAACACAGCAGCCUGUUUUGCAGGAAAAGCAGAAGCUAUGUUGGAUUUAAAAACAAUAAAAUGCAUAGAAUGUGUCGAUCAAAUACAAUAGAAAAUGGAGAAAUUUCCAAAAAAUUAGAUUUCUACAAAGAGGAAUGGGUGCAAUGUGAGGUAAAUCAUCCAAUUAAACAGUCAAAAUAUAGAAUUCCUCUGCCCAUCCACAAACUGGGAAGCCAAAACGAAUCAAACAUUGAAGCUCAUUUAAAAAGAAUUGGUGCAUACAAGAAGACUGAAACUAAUAAAAAUUCAAAUAUUAUUCAAGCUCAGAUACAUAUCUCAGACAAUUAG